UGGCGGUAACCCGGUUCCUUUACGUGACCGAUUUCCGUUUGGGAACCCUAUCACGACUAUUAUUCGUGACAGAUUAUCUCCUAUCUCUCAAUUUGAUCCUUCCAUUAUCUAUCUCCUUUCGGUCCCCUGUUGGCACCCCCCUUGCUGAAUGGCUGCCGUUAUCACUUUGCAGUCGUCCUCGACGGCUGCACCAGCGGCUUCUGCUGCUUCUUUCCAACCGUCUGACCAGUUGUUGCGCUCCCGUGUACAAAACCAAGCCCCCCAGCAAGCCACUUCAACCUCCACUCCCCAUUCACCUUCCACAUCCGUUACUGCCUUACCGCGGGUGCCUGUACCAGGACGGGAUGGACACAGUUGUGACGCCUGUCUGCGCAGAAAGAGUCGGUGUGCCAUGAACGAAAUGGUUAAUAAAUGUUAUUCAUGUGAUUUUCAUCGUCAAGAUUGCACCUUUACCCUAUCAGUGACAAGUCGCCCUGGCACCGCGGAUGUACAGUCCAAAAAGCGGAAGUUGGAUGAUAUUGUCCUGGAUGAUGUAGAAUCGCCCAAGAGACCUUUGACCAACCCUCCAGCUUCCAAAACUAACCUUUCCCGUUCGCCAUUGAAUGCUCACGCCCGGAUCACACCAGGGUAUUGGCAUCAGCGAACCCAGCAUAUCGGCCUGACGACCGACCUGGAACCCGCCCUCCUCGAAUUUCUCCCCUUGGACCAGAACCACGAAGGCUCUAUUGCAUCGUCUCGCGUACGAAAGUUUAGUGACGACGGCACCUUUAUGCGGAUGGUUAACACCCUGUCCCAUGCGGACUCCCCGCAAUCUCCCUCACUAGAUGCUAUUGAGAGCCUAGUUGCCCCCUAUGGCUCCACUUUGAUCGAUAAAUUUUUCGAACACAUUCACCCAACGUUCCCCAUUCUCAUGGAGGAUUCAUUUCGUCAGUCUUACCGGGCUCGACAGGGCCUGUCUCCUCUCUUACUGUCCGCUGUCUACGUGCUAGCCUUGAAAUUUGUGAAUAUGGGACCGGCUUCCCAGUCUGUACGACGACCCGAUGCUUCCCGGCUCGAGAGCACGGCCCUGAAGCUACUCAACGAAUCUCUGCCCUAUGCAUCCAUCUCAACCAUCCAAGCAGGUGUGCUCCUGAUGGAGAAAUCCACUAUUGCCACCCACGCAUUGAAUGCGCAAUUGGUUACCGCAGGCUUCGAGCUAGGGCUCCAUCAGAAUUGUUCCGAGUGGAGGAUGGAGACGUGGGAGAAGGGUCUCCGGAAACGUCUUGCGUGGGCAUUGUAUAUGCAGGACAAAUGGUCGGCGCUGGUGCACGGCCGUCCGUCCCAUAUCGUAUCCUCAAACUGGACCGUUCAGGAUUUGGUAGAGCAAGAUUUCGCCGAGGCAUUCCCAUCGAGUGACUCCCAGGACGAUGAUCCGGUAGGCCACGGCCCCCUCUAUUUCUGUCAUAUGGUCGCAUUGACGACAAUCCUCUCCGACAUCUUGGAUCGAUUCUACACCCUGCGGGCGAUCGAAGAGUUCAAAGCUGCCGGCGGCAACCGGACACGAAUGAUCCUAGAACGCGCCAAACCAACCCAGAUCAGGUUGAAGGAGUGGUUCAGUCGCUUACCCGCAGAGCUCAAAAUGGAGUCGGGUGGAGAUCUCUUCGAAAUCAUCAACGAGGACAAUGCUCGCAACGGUGCCUUGCAUCUAUCCUACUUCGCCACAGAAAUUACUCUGCACCGUUGUAUUGUACGAUCACUCACGCCGAACACUGCGGACGCCUACCUAUCGCAUAUCUGCCGCUCGGCUGCCAAAACCCGAUUGAUCUCAGCCAUGGAUUUCGUCAAUCGGCUUCGUCCGCCGCACCUGAGGUCGUUCUGGCCGGCCGCAUCGCGGACAAACUUCGCGCUGAUUGGGUCCUUCGGAGUGCUCCUGCGCAUCUCAGCCCCAACCAAAGAGGAAGCCGAGUUCUAUCGUCUCAGGCUUUGCGAAUACCGCUGGACGCUGAGCGUCAGCAAGAAGAACGCCGAGUUCAUGGAGUUCGCUCUGGACAGCCUGGACACUGCCAACGCUGUCGAUCAGCAUGUCCCCGAUAAACCAGGCAUCGACGAGCUGAUGACUAGCGCGGCCAAACCGACCGUGAACCGUCCCCGUCCGGGCACGGCCACACAGUUGGAAAACACGAUCUUAGGGCUCGAAGGAAAUGACAGCGGGCGCGGGGGCACUUCGUCUGUUAUAUCCGGUCUGGCAUCUCCAGCGACAUCGAUUAGCGAGGACAGUCUGCACGAUGCUGCGAUUCCCCCUUUAUAGUCCCCUUUUUUACUUCACUUCCCCUUCCCACAUAAUUACCUGACUUCAACACCACCUACCCCACGAAUAUCUCCCGUUGAUGCAUUGAUGACCUCCUCUGUUCUGUUAUUAGAUGUUGGGCGUACU